AUGCUUCAAAGGGAUCCACGGAAACGGCGUGUCAAACCUGUUCAAAAACAUUUGAUACAAAUAGAUUUUGGGGGCUUAGAUGACAGUGAUGAUGACAGUGAUUUUGAAGUGGAAAAACAUGUAAAAGGGUCGGAUUCUGGUAGUGAUAUAUCCAUAAAGGAAGAAGAGGAAGAUGGUGAUACAGAUAAAAGUGUUUCUGGUUCUGAGCUGAAGUACUCAGGAGCUACCCAUGAACCCAGUGAUGAUGAUGAUGAUGAGGAGGAGGAGGAUGAAGAUGAUGAGGAAGAUGACUCUGCGACACUCAGUUCCUUGUUAGGCAUACCAUCAGCUGAGAAAGUGAAGCCCAUCAACACCAAUAUCUUUACAGAAAAAUCCUUCCAUAAGUGUCCAGAUUCACAAAUUGAUCCUCUUCAAACUACUCCAGUAACGCCAUCAGCCACUCCUAUCCCUACCAAAGCUGGUCAGAUUAAAGUGCUUAUCUGUUGUGUAUGCUUAGGUGAUAUUAGUGAAGAAGAUGAUGAAAUUGUUGAAUGUGAUAAUUGUGGAGUCUCUGUCCAUGAAGGUUGUUAUGGGAUCAGUGAUAAUCAGUCAGCAGCCAGCACAGAAUCUUCAGCAAGUACUGAGCCAUGGUUUUGUGAUGCUUGCAAAGCAGGGGUCAAACCUGUAAGUAGGAUUUAA